UCGAUAGUUUUUCUAAACUAGUUAUGAACAAAUACGCUAUCUUUUUGCCAAGAGUAUCACUAUAAAAAGUACCUUACAUAAAUCUAAUUACAUGUGCGAUUGAUAGUUACUACGUGCAUGUAUACAAAUAUUUUCAUUCGCUAUCUCAGAAGAUAAUUAUUGUCAUCCAUUUCCUAUCAACGAUUACACGUGUUAUCAGCAAUUUUCGUGACACGUUCACGUAUUUGAGUGUUCUCGCAGUAAAUGACAGUGUGACGUUACUACUGUGUAUAAUUCCUCGGAGAGUACACAUGAUUCACUAGGAAUUCGAAUCUGGAAGCUCGAUUGUUCGAACAGACAAUAUUUUGAACUUCUCAAGAAUAUAUUUCUUGUACACAGAAAGUCGGAUGAAAUUACCGCAUCGAGCGAGCGUAGUACUCUUUGAAAUCUCGCUCGUCCUUUUUCGUUUUCCGACAUUCACGACAGAUGUGAACAUAGCGAGGCUUUCCUAGACGUUGAUAGCGCGACGUCGAGUUCGCGUCUUUGACGAAAAUAAAAGUUUUAAAUGGCGCCUGCGUAGUGAAUUUCACAAUACCCCCGGACCAUUAAAUCUUCCAUAUACAGCAAAUUUAAAUUUCUCACGGGCGCCAGUUCUUGAGCGAACGACGUGUCCCCUUUGUAGAGAGAAACCUUGACAAAGAAAAGUUCCUUCGACGCGCAAUAACCUGCUCCGGGGCUUCGUUAAAGAUGACCUAAAACGUGGCUGGCAAAGGAAAUGUUUAUCAACGUGUAAUGGCCCAACGAAUCUGCCUCGCUACUCUAAACGACAUCCUCCACUCUCCUGUAACCUAAAGCUCAUCGACGAUGUCUUAUUGAAGAAAACCAUCACAGAAGGAAGAAAAAUCCGUAAUAAUGAAUCCACAAAUUAUGCUCAUGAGCGUGGUGGCCACUGUCUCGGUAGCUUUCAUCGGUUUCGUUGCUUAUCGAGUCGGUUUUCGGUCCAACGAUCCCGAUUUCACGAAUCAGCUGCCGCUGAAAGACAACAGCUCCCUGGAGGAGGAUCUCAAAGAUAUCAUGGCAUUCGUGCCUCAGGACGAUGUACGGGAAAUCAUCCACAGAUACAUGAAGUACGACACCCAGAUCGGAGACACCGUGAGCUUCAUCAACGACCAAAGGCGAUUCAUAUCCAGGGAGCUUCAGAGCAUGCCCCAGGUGGUUCGUAUGGUCAGUUUCCUGCAGAAGCUCGGUCUGGAUGUCAACUUUUGGGAAGAAAGCGUUCGAAGCUUCUGGAAGACGUCGCCCAGAUUCAUCAGGAACGAUCCACAACGGGCGACGGGCGGCCUUACCGUGAUGAUCGACAAAAUCUUGCAAACGAUCCCGCUGGACGAGCUGCACGAGCUUUUGCGACAGAAGUACAAGUACUCUGGCAGCUUUCGCAGAUUUUUGCUAUUCCUCCGGUCCAAGGACUUCGCGGAUUUGUGUAACGCGCUCGAGAAGAACAGUGUGCUGCAUCAUCAUUAUUUCUGGGCCAAAGAGAGCGGGCUUGAGGUCACGUUCGCAAUCGAGCUUUUGAGGGACCUCUACGAUUACCUUACGCAGUCGUUGGUCACGUAG